UGUAUUUUUUGCCGAUGGCCCUAUAUACAAAUAUUUUUGUAAUGACUUGCUUAAGACAUCCUUACGGACACUUAAACUGCUGCUGUAAGCAGACAAAUUGAAGUUUUAAUUACAAAAAGUAGUAAUUAUUGGAAUAAAGUCAUUUCUUGUUCACAGUUCUUUAAAUAUUAAAACUUAACAACUACGCAAGUAGAUGUCAUAGUAUUAUUAUUUCUUCAUAAAUAUUACUCAAGAUUACCUUCUCAUAAACAAUUGAAUCACGCAUAGCAGUAAUAUGGCUGGAAAAAGAGAUAAAGACAGAAGAUUAUCUAAAAGAUCUUUAUUUGGAACGCAAGCGUUUAUCAACAUACAUCGUCAAAAACGUUUUUUUUUAUCUCAAAGAAACAUAGAAACUGUAGAAUCUAGAGGUCAAUCUGGCGGCAGUAAUACAUAUUCAGUUUCGAACUCUGAUACUGACGAUGAUCAAAUUAUAAAAUCAGUUUGUAAAAUGAAGCCAUUGUCCAUUAAGUCACUUUUUUCAUUUGUUUCCAAAGCUAAUAAAUAUAUUUGUUUGAUGUGUCCAGAAAAUGGAAAACUUAUAUGUGGGCCUGAGCCAAAUCUGCGAAAAUAUAUAUUUCAUAUUCAUAAAAAACCGGAGUAUCUUUACGAUUCUCAAAAAAAACAAACUGCUCAAGAUCAAUUCCUCGAAACGCAGAACAGAGAUGAAAUAGAUGAAGCCAUAAUAAAUUGUAUUAUUCAAGAUAGCCGCCCUUUCAACGAUUUUCAUAAACCUGGUAUGCAACUCCUUCUAAACAUUCUUGCUCCGCAUUACAAGCCGCCUCAUCGAAAGACAAUAGCUAAUCAAUUAAGAAAACGGUAUUAUCAAUACAAGAACGAUCUUAAAGCUAAGCUUAAAUUAGUUGUCUACAUAGCACUAGCAACAGAUUUGUGGAAAAAUCGAGUUGGAUUGUAUUGGCUUUGCAUAACAGCGCAUUACUUAACAAAAAAAUUUAAAUACAAAUCAAAAAUAGUUUGUUUUCGUAGGUUUUAUGGAAGGCAAUUAAGUAAUAGACUUACAACAUUUGCGAUGGGAUCUGUUGCUUUACGACUUUCAUGCAUUUGUCAUAAUUUAAAUCUUGUUUUGAACCAUGGAAUCAAAUUGUGGACUAAACCAUCACAUAACUUAUUAGAUAGCACAGCAGAUGUAGAUGAAGAUCUUAUAUAUUACAAUAAUUAUAAUGAAAGCGAUAUCGAAUCAAAUGGAAAUAUUUCAUCUGACAAUCAAGAAGAAAUUGCAUGCACUUAUGAGAAAGAAGACGUUAGCUCAGAUGAUGAAGAAAGUAGCGAGGAGGAGCAGGCGUCAACCAAUGAAUAUCUAGGAUAUUUUGCUCCUGUCAAAAUAAAUAUCAGUUAA